UGUACCGGAGGACAGACAGAAAAUAGACAGUAUGUAUGCAAUACAGAGUAUGGUGCAGGUAUUUUCGUACUUCCGGUUUACUCAGUCACAUGAUAGUCAAGAUGGCGCAUACUGCACAAAAAGGGAAAUUGAUAGCUGUCAUCGGAGAUGAGGACACAUGCACAGGUUUUCUGUUGGGAGGAAUUGGUGAAAUAAACAAGAAAAGAGAGCCCAAUUUUUUAGUUGUGAACAAAAAUACGAGUGUAAUGGAGAUAGAAGAGAUGUUUCGUAACUUUGUAAAGAGAGCUGAUAUAGCCAUUAUUCUGAUCAAUCAAAAUAUAGCGGAGAUGAUUAGACAUGUUAUAGACACAUAUACAGACCCUAUACCUGCUGUACUAGAGAUCCCCAGCAAAGAAUGUCCCUAUGAUGCUAGCAAAGAUUCCAUUUUGAGACGGGCAAAGGGUAUGUUUUCAGCUGAAGACUUCAGAUGAGGACAUGACAGAUGUAUUUAGACAAACAGAGACUAGAAACUGUGGUUUAAUAAUCGGAAUUAUAGUUUAGAUACACUGAGUAUUGGUGUUGUAUUAUAUGGACAUAGGUUUUGUAUCAGUUAAAAAUGGACUUUUUUUAAGACUUAUGAUGGUCAAAUUUUAAGUGCAUAUUUUUAAGUGCGAUCAUUUACAUUCCAGGGAUUAUUUUGAAUGUAAGGGUAUUUUCUUAUUAUUGUUGAUUAAAGAUAGAUCUACUGUAACUGGUUUUUAUUUGUUUUAUAAAAUAAUGCUAGUACAUAACUAUAUUGUGGCAUAGCCAAGUGGUUAACAAGUCAGACUUAAGUAAUCUAAGGAUUGCUGGCCGCGUGAGUUCAAACCCCUUCAGUGGCUAGCCGUUAUUUCCGUAAGCAAGAAACUUUACUUUCAAUGCGUAAUACUGGUUGGUUCCAGGAAAGAAUUUGAGAGUGUUUCAAUAUGUUUAUAUCUUCAAACACAAUCAAACUUAAAAAUUAGUGCAACCAAUUAUUAUGUAGAAUAGGAAAAAAGAAAGAAAUUUAACAGCUGUUAAAUACAAAUUAUAUGUGUGAUACUAGUCAGUAGAUAUGUGUUUUCUUUUGUAUAUUGUUUUAUUUUUAAAAAAAAACAACAGCAAACAAACAGAGCCUUCCAUGAGUAAAAACGAUCUUAAUAAUUCUGAUAUUUUGUAUACAUGUCAGAAAUAUAUUUGUCACUCUUAUAUCAGCUUAUAUGACAGAGUUAUAUAGAUUCUAUGAGUAGUUUUAUUCAACAGUUGUCGAAAUAAAUCAGCAUUUUACAGUGAAUCAGAGACUCUGUGUGUCAGUUAUUGUACAUAAAUUAUCAUAGAAACUGAAGAGAAAUCCAUAAAUAAGAAGUUUGAAGAUAUUUAAAUAUUUACUAUCUAUUACACAUUGUUGUUGCAUAGAAAAUUUGUUAAUAUCAUUUGUUUUGUCAGACUUAAAUUUUAUAUAGAAAAUAUGUUGAUAUCAUUUGUUAUGGUUAAAUUUUGUAUAGGAAAUAUGUUGAUAUAAUGUGUCUGAAAUUUAUGUUGACUUUUUAUGUAAAACUUAAAUAUUUGCAAAGGAAAUAUGUUGAUAUCAUAUGACAGGCUUGAAUUUUCAAUAGAAAAUGUUUAGAUAUCAUUCAUAAAACUCAACUUUGGAAAGAAAAUAUUUUGAUAUCAAAUGUAAAUUUUGUAUAGAAAAUAUGUUUAUAUCAUCUGUUGCACAGAAUUUUUAUAAUAUCAUGUUUCUCAAAUACCAAGACAUGAAUUUAUGAUAUCAUGUGAAAUAAACUGAUCUUGAUUAGAAAUUAUUUUUAAAUUUAUUUCAGUUAAAAUACACUUGAAACAUAUUGUGACAUGUGCUUUUUCUUUAACCAUUAAUCACGUUAAACAUUAUCAUUUUUAUGAUUAAACAAAUAGAUGCUGGAACUA